AUAAAUGGACACACUAAAAAUAACGUGGAUCAGACAAUUCAUCGAACACCUAAUCUCCAUCCCUAAUUGCGCUUCCAUCCAUUCAUUCUCUCUGAAUCUCUGCUCGUUUCCCCCUUGCAAUGGGAAGGACUCCGAUCGCCUCCUCGCCGGAGUCCGAAUUCGGGAUCAAAGUCCAGCCCCACUCCGCCGCCCGCCCCCGCCUCUCUCCCGACAAGUACGGCGGCCGUUACCCCCAGCCGCCGCCCCCGCGCCCUUAUCACCUCUCCAAGAAAUGGUUUCCAUGGCUGGUCCCCACCAUUAUCAUUGUCAACAUCGUCUUGUUCAUCAUCGCUAUGUACAUCAACAAUUGCCCCGCCCACUCCGACAACUGCGUCGGCGUCGCCACCCUCGGCCGGUUCGCCUUCCAGAGCACCCACGAGAAUCCACUGCUCGGCCCCUCCGCCGCCACGCUUCUGAAUAUAGGCGCUUUGGAAGUGCACAAAGUGGUGGAAGAGCAUCAAGUAUGGCGGAUCGUAUCGUGUAUGUGGUUACAUGCCGGAAUGUUUCAUAUUCUAGCUAACAUGUUGAGUCUUCUUUUCGUCGGCAUUCGCCUCGAGCAAGAGUUUGGAUUUGCGAGGAUUGGUUUGUUGUAUCUAAUAUCUGGAAUUGGUGGAAGUUUGUCGUCUUCUUUGUUUGUACGCACAACUAUUUCGGUCGGUGCAUCUGGUGCAUUGUUUGGUUUGCUCGGCGCUAUGCUUUCUGAACUUCUUGUCAAUUGGACAAUUUACGAGAACAAGCUCGAAUCAUUACUCAGUCUUCUGCUGAUAAUUUUGAUAAACAUGGCGGUCGGAAUACUCCCACACGUGGACAAUUUCGCCCAUCUCGGAGGAUUUGCAACCGGAUUUCUACUCGGGUUCGUGCUUCUAAUCCGGCCUCAAUUUGCAUGGAUAAACAGAAGAAACUCUCCUGCUGGUUAUAUUGCAACCUCUUCUUCUAAGUCAAAGUACAAGGCUUAUCAGUGCGUCUUAUUGAUCGUUUCCGCAAUUCUUCUCACAACGGGAUUUACGGUUGGACUGGCUUUGCUCCUUCGAGGAGUUGACGGAAAUGACCAUUGCCCUUGGUGUCAUUACCUAAGUUGUGUCCCUACGCCACUGUGGACUUGCGAAGCUCGUUGCGCGUCGAGCCAGUAUGGGAAUGAAUUGAAUUUGACGUGCAUGCAGAACCAGAAAAGCAAGUACUACGAAUUGGAUAGUAGCAACAAUAGCACUUCACAGAUUCAGAGAUUCUGUGCUGAACUUUGCAGUUGA